UCCAAGCAAGCUGUUAAUUCCUUCUUUUGUCCUAAUCUCUUUCUCUGUUGGAGUAAUUUGUUCGUCACUUUCUGUCUCCCUCAUUGACUAUAAAUUGCACUAUAUAUAUCUCCUCCUCCUUUGGAGCCUCUCGCAGCUGUUCUCUCUCUAAAACGGAGCCUCUCUCUCUCUCUCUAGAAUACCGGCUUUAGCCGGCCCCUGCUUCUGGUCGGUUACUCAGCCUAGGCGCUAGUCUAGUGUGGUGUGCUUCUUCCAUCGCCUUCGUGAAUGGGCUGUUUUCAGUCUACGGCUAGAAAGCAGUUUCCUGGACACGAGGACCCAGUACUUCUGGCUUCACAAACAGCUUUUAGUGUAAGUGAAGUUGAAGCAUUAUUUGAGCUUUAUAAGAGCAUUAGCAGCUCCUUGAUUGACGACGGACUUAUUAACAAGGAAGAGUUUCAAUUGGCUCUAUUCAAUAAAGGAAAGAAGGAGAACCUUUUUGCAAAUAGGAUCUUUGAUCAAUUCGAUGUCAAGCGCAAGGGGGUCAUUGAUUUUGGUGAUUUUGUCAGAUCACUCAAUGUCUUUCACCCAAAUGCCCCAGAAGAAGACAAAAUCGACUUUUCAUUCAAACUCUAUGAUUUGGAAAACACGGGAUUUAUUGAGCGGCAAGAGGUCAAGCAAAUGUUAAUUGCGCUGUUAAGCGAGUCUGACAUGAAGUUGGCUGAUGAGACCAUUGAGAUAAUAAUUGAUAAGACAUUUUUGGAAGCGGAUGUAAAUCAGGAUGGGAAGAUUGAUAAAUCUGAGUGGCAGAAUUUUGUGAGCCGAAACCCUUCACUGAUGAAGAUAAUGACACUCCCAUACCUGAGGGAUAUAACCACGACGUUUCCAAGCUUUGUUUUCCAUUCCGAGGUUGAGGAGAUGGCUACGUAACAGAUAAUUUACACAGCUUAGAAUUCCAUGUUCCUAGUUUGCUCGGCUUUUCUUGUUUUAUUGUUAGAAGGAAUUCUAUGUUUCGGAAGGUGUUUUGUAUUUUUAUUGUCUAGAAGGAUUGAGUUCGACGAUUUAAAUGCAGAAAUUACGCGAAUUAAAUAGAAAGAGGCGCAGCUGAAUUUGACUAGCUGUGAUCUUACAAUUGUGAAGUGUUUCCAAUUCCGGCA